GUAGCUGUGUGUCGCGAAUGUCUCGAUUCCCGGGGUGCUACGGGAGUGGCUUUAUUCGCAGUGAAGCGCGCGGUGUGAGCGCACGCCUCGCAUAUAAAAUGUCCAUGUAAAUUGUGUGUUGAAAUAACAAAAUAAAACAUGUUGAGAUAUUAUUUGUUGUUGUCGUUAGUGCUCGCUGUUUCGCUGAUGGCCGUGUCGGCUCUGCCCAGUCCAACGGCUGCGGACGACGAUGACGACGAUGACGACACGACCCAGCAGAGCCGCUCCGAGGUCGAUGAUGAUGGUCGAAUAUACAAGAACCCGAGGAAUUCGCCGUCAGCCCAGUGCCCCAGAGACGAGGAACAAGCCACCCUACUGGGUCAGAAAUGUCUCCGGAAAUGUUCGUCGGACGAAGACUGCAAGAGUAAAAAGAAGAAAUGUCUCUGCGACGGAGCCUGCGGGAUGUCAUGCAUUAAGCCGGAUCGCGAAUGUCCUGAGUUGGAACAGCCUGAAAUAGGGAAGGUUACCUUCACUGGUCGACUGUUCGGAGAUAAGGCCGUGUACUCCUGUCCACACGGGUAUCACGUUGUCGGACUCCAGAGCCGGAGCUGCCAGGCUGACGGAAAGUGGGCUGGCCAACCACCAGCCUGCAAAGAAAAUAUCUACUGUCUCCAACCGCCAACGAUAGAACACGCGAGGCACUCGGCUCUACCCGAGCAAGCCACCUUCGAUCUAGACGCGACGGUCCAGUACAACUGUCAUACCGGCUACGUCACCAAUGGCUUCCCGCGAGCUAAGUGCUUGGCUAUCGACGGACAGGCUUCUUGGUACGGGCCGGAUAUCACUUGUGAACCACGGUCUUGUGGAGAACCCGGUGACGUACCCCACGGCUGGGUCACCGCUGACUGUCACACCUUCGGCUGUCGCGCUGUAGUUCAAUGCGGGCAAGGUUUCGAGUUAGUGGGCAAAGCCGAACGCUAUUGCCAAGCCGACGGAGCGUGGGCCCCCAAGGAGCUACCAACUUGCGUUCUGGUCACCCAGGUGCAGUGUCCGACGCCAGAAGCGCCUCGCCACGGCAAGGCGGUGUACACGUCCUUUGCGUACAACUCUGUGGUUUCAUACGAGUGCAAGUAUGGGUACCGGCUCGUUGGGGACGCCACAAGACGCUGCGGAGCUGACAAGAAAUGGUCUGGAACCCAACCGCUUUGCAAAGAAAUUAACUGCGGCCACCCUGGUCAGCUCUGGAAUGGAUGGCUGGAGAAUAUCUCCUCAGGGACAGGUCUGGGAGCCUCCAUCAUCUUUCGCUGUCAAGACGGGAUGAAGAUGGGAGGGAAUGGGUCUGCAAUAUGUCAGAGCGACGGCACUUGGAGUCAUCCCCUACCUCAAUGUUUGGCGCCGUGCGUCGUUCCACACGUCUCUCAAGGCCGUAUAGUCCUCGUUAAUAACGAGACAACGAACGAUAAUACGACUGAGCAGCCGAACACUCAGAUCGUGGGGAGCUCAUCCAUGGUGCAGCACGGUGAGAUAAUUAUGGUUGAUUGCGAGAAAAACUAUGAGUUCCCUUCGAACAAUGCGGCCGUGACAUGCAAAAACGGAACAUGGACGCAGAUACCUAGAUGUCAGCCCGCAAGAUGCAAGAAAAUGCCCAAGUACCCUCGCAACGGUAUGGUGAUAGCUCCUAAAACGGAUCACGGCAUGAAGGCCAGGUUUCGGUGCAAGGACGGCUACGAAAUGAAGGGGAACCCAAUUGUCGUCUGCUCCUUCGGGAACUGGAGCGGAGAAACGCCGAAAUGUGAAGAAGUGUUCUGCCCUUUCCCUGGAUACAUCGAGAACGGGAAGGUUCUGCUGGUGGGGAACAUGGGGCUGUACGAUUAUAGACCUUACGUGAGAAAGGUGGUAAAUAAUAAGCAGAUUAUGUAUGAAUGUGAGAAAGGCUACGUACUGUCAGAAGGCCCGCCCGGUGCUACAUGUGUGGGCGGGCAUUGGAGCCCUAGGGAGCUGCCCAAAUGCACCCUUUACCAACAUCCGCGCAUCCGCUGGAGCCGACGCCGUCGCUCCAUCGUCGAACCAGAGAUACGUCACCGUCGGUCAGCGUACCUCCGCCAGUAUUACGACCGUCUGCAUCGGACGGAGCCAACGCAACAAAAUCUAGACCAACUGUACAACAAAUACAACCACGGCAACCAGAAGCCGACGUUGAGGCACGCGAAUUUCAAGAUCAUGAAGAAAUCCGAUGCUGACUUCGGAGAUCCGAGCAUCGGCGCCGGAAUCGACGAGGAAAACUUCCCGACCGCAGUCUACACUGUAUACAAUGUACACGGAGAACCAAUUGGUCACAGGCUGUACGCCUACCAGCCUGUCUAUGAGCCUGAAGAUGGAGACGUCCUUGAACACAACGACGUAGUCGAGUACCAGGAUAGCGAUGAGGAUGACGAACUGUCUCACGCGACAAUAGUAAGGGGAGGCAUGUUUCGUGCUCGCGAUUCGUCUGAGAAUAGCAUUGACCGUCUGAAACAUGAUUACUUCGAAAGGUAUUUAGAUAAGAGAAGGAAGAGAUUUUUAAACAAACACGGCGAAGAGAAAAAGGAGUUUGAUGAUGACAUGGAACCGGCAGAGAGCACUGUUGAGACUGUCACUAAAAUCAUCGAAGCGACUAGACGGAAACGAAAUGUCAACGUUGAGGAACACGACACUGAUUAUUAUCCAAAAUCAACUGUUUAUUCGGGUGUAGCGAAUGACCUUCAGAAUGAUUUACUCAAAGUGAUCCCUUUGAGCACUUAUGAAACGCGUUGGAGUCGCGAAAUGUCGGUCGGUCCUUUGCAACAUAACGAGACGAAUUCGACUGGUUUCGGUAAUGUUUUGGAGAAAAGAGAUAAAAGGACUAGCAGGAAAACUGACAGAUUGAACCAGACCACGGCGACCGUACCCAAAACUAGAAAGGAAGGGAAGAGUGGCAGGAAUCUGCAAUCAGCGUCAAGCGAAGAAGGGCAAAGUUCAGAUAUAAAGGAGACUGCUGAGACUUUGGGCAAGAAUAACGCGACCAGGAAGAAGGGCAGGCCUAAGAGCCCCUGUGAGCCGAUAGCAAGCGAGCCCUACAUAAAUAUAGAGGUUGUGAAGUAUGGGAGGGAUCCCAACAACACAUUCAGUACUGGUACAAUAAUCAGAGUGGCUUGCGGGAAAGGCUACGGAUUCAAUCUAGAUGCAAACGCUACUGUAAAAUGUGUGAGGGGACGAUGGAAACCAGAGAAGCCCAAAUGCGAAAUACUACCGUGCCACGUUCCAACAACGGAGUACGGAAUCUACACGAUGUCAGAAUCAGGGCAGAUAUCUCCCCUUGGCUUAGGACAGGAAGAGAAAGAACUGAAUGAGACAGAUCCAGUGCCUAAUGGACAAGUCGUGCAUUUCUCUUGUGAAUAUGGGUACAACGUCCAAGGACCCACCAACCUUCGUUGCUGGCUCGGAGAAUGGGCAGUGACCAGCAUGCCCGAGUGUGUUGCAGCACCCUGUGAGCUUCCACUUCUCCAUGGCGCUACUUACGAAGCAGGAUACCGAGCAGGACUCACCGUGGCUCACGCAUCAUCAGUCAGCAUAGCUUGUGAACCAGGCAGAUCUCCAUCAGCCACCUUGAACUGCCACUUAGGACGACUGCAACCCACGGUUCACGAUUUCUGCCGACCUUUAGCGAAUCUGUCACGACCGCGACCGACGUCAGAGUAUCAGAGCGGCAGCGACAUUGUCCGCGAAGACAUUUCGGAUCUGGAGCCGGAUCUGAACGGGAAACCGAUAAGCGAUUGCGGCCCCCCGGCUAGGGUUCAAGGGACAUUGAUUUAUCGCGACGGAGCCGAAGUCAACGAAUCCAUCAACGAUGAAGGCUAUUAUCACGGUACUGAAAUCACAUUUCGCUGUAUCGCUUCGAUAAUGGGAGAGAAAACAACUUGGAAAUUAAUAUGCGAAGACGGUCGUUGGAUGGGGAAGAGUUUUAAUUGUGAAGAACUUGAAGCUCAGAACGAGGAGUUAAUAAACAAUAACAGUUGUACAUUUCACAACGACGAUCCCAACGUGGUUACGUUCUUCAAUGAUUUGGAAGUCACCGAGACCGUGGAUCUGCCCUACGGAGUGGUCAUUGUCUCCAGAUGCAGCGAUAUAGGAAAAUACGCUUUAUUGGGCUCCCAGAGCCGAAAAUGUGUUGGCGGAGAUUGGAACGGUGCUAAGCCAACCUGUAUUGGACUCAAUCAGCAAAACGAUUACGCCAUGGAGAAACCGCCGACGAUAUUAUUCCGACAUUCCCAAGGACCUAUAGCUCAGACUAACGACGGUAAACUCCUGCUGUACCCCGGAACGGUGCUGCACAUGGAGUGCCUCUGGAUGCGGAGGUUCGGGAAUCCCAAGUGGAACGUCACUCAUUACGAUCCGGAAUCGGAUCGCAAAUAUGCCGAAGGGUGGACUCAGGACCCUGGGCGCGACAGCCAGCUGGAGUACCGGCUGAGCAUCGUCAACGCCGUCAAGGAGGAUUCAGGAGUAUACCGAUGCGAGACGCCAGCCCGACAAACUCAUCAAGUAGAAAUAAUCGUUGAGGACGUCCAUUGUCCGCCGUUACCCAUCCGACGAGGGUUGGUGGCCAGCAACGUGGGCACACGACUCGGCACGGAGAUCAGGUUCUCGUGUGCCAAUGGCAACGCUCUCAUCGGGGCCCACGUGCUGGUCUGCCGCCCCUCCGGAAACUGGAGUGCCCCUCUGCCUGUUUGUGAGAGUGUGGAGUGCGGGGAAGUGGUGCAGGACACGGUUCUAGGGCCGGGGGAGCGACGACCACGGGUGGCGGUGGUGUCCCGGGGGGUUGGGGGGCGCGCCGCCUUCACGUGCCCAGCGGGCUGGGCGCUGGCCGGACCACCAGAGACCGUCUGUUUGCCCGCCGCUGACUGGGCGCGACCCUUUCCUGUCUGUAAAGAAGUGUCAUGUCCGUCGCUGCCCCCGCCCGCGGCCGGCUACGUCCUGGGUCGCGCCCCCUACCGCGCCGGGGACGUCCUGCAGUUCCACUGUAACCCAGAGCACACGCUCCACGGGCGACCGAUCCUCGUCUGCCAGGACAGCGGGCGAUGGAGCGACAAGCCUCCAACCUGUGCCCAGGCCUGCACGUACCCCGGGACGACGAUAUCCGGGCGCAUGUCCUCCGUAAAGUUCUACUACAAAAUAGGAGAAACAGUCACGUUUACCUGUGAGCCUGGAUACAAACUCAAAGGAGCACCCAUGUUGAGAUGUUUGAAAAACAGGAAAUGGUCAAACGCGAUCCCGUUGUGUACUCCGAUCACGAACCAUACGUCUUCGUCUGAUUCAAUCGCCAUGUUAAAUUCCGAAGUUGACGCCAUGCUGUCGGACGCCGCCAUCUUGCCGUCCGACAUUUUGAGGACUCGCGAGACUCCCGCCCUUUUAUCGCCAGCGAGCUAUAAAGCAGCUGUCACACGCAUGGCGAUAUCGCGCAUGUUGAGACGCGGUCCCAUCGAGAACUAUAAAAACAGAAUCUUCAGAGUGAAUAGGCUGUUAAGGAGAGAGGGUGAAAGAUAAAUAAUUUUAGUUAGAUUAUAAGUGGAAACUGUGUCAAAUUAGUUUAUCAGAGUUGAUUUAUAAAUGAGUUUUAUGAUGCGUUGCGGCUUCGCCCAAUUUCAUUAUUUACAAGCAAAAGUUUGAAGAACAAAUUCAUCCUAUCUAUUUAGUAUAAGCAAACACAUAAUCCCUUUCCCUUUUUUGCAAAUUAAUACGGCAGUACAGAAAGAGUCUCCAUUUAUUCAGAAAACAAAUUAAAAUCUGAAAUUUUGAUUUCAGUUUAAAACCAAAAAAUCAAAUAUUUUAAGUAAGUGUUAUUCUGUAAAUUUUAAAAGUAAGGUAUUUGAAUGUUGACUGGAUUAAUAAUUUUUCGAUAAAUUUCAAUAAUGUUUUGUGUAAUAUAUUUUUAUUUUAAUUUAAAGACUUUCUAGUUUUUAUAUUAUUAGUUUUUAUAUAGUUAUUGUAAGAAAGGCGUAUUGUUUUUGCCUAAAUGAAAUAUGUGUACUAAUAUUUGUAAAUAAAGAUCUGGGACAAGGAAUAUUAAUUGAAUAUAAGGAGUCGAUCUGUUUUAGGAGAGGAGGGGGUGGGAUGUGUCUGAGGAAUGACUGAACUUUAAAUUUUUUAUUUAACUUAGUUCUUUAUACCUAGUAAGGUCAUAAAUUCUGUCACAUGUUUAAUGUAAAAUAAUUGAAACAAGUUUAUUCAUUAUGUAACCAUUCAUAUACCAAAAUGAACUUAACAAAACAUAGAUUCUUAUGACACUAAAGUUUAUUCAAAAUGACCUCCGUGAUUUUGAAUACAGGCCUUCAAUCUGCGCGGCCAGUCGUCUAUCGCAGCACGAACGAGGUCCAUGUCAAUAUCGGCGGCUGCCUUAAUCAAGGAUGUCUUGAGUGACUCCAAAUUGGGAUGAGGCUUUGAGCACGCCUUUUCCUCCAAGUGUUGCCAUAAUCUUGUAAUCUAACGGAUUCAAAUCUGGACUGGAGGAGGGCCAGUCUUCGUGCCGGAUGAAGUCGAUUUCACGCGCCGCCAGCCAGUCUUGUGUGCUCUUCGCUCUAUGAGCUGGCGCCGAAUCUUGUUGGAAUACCCAGUGCCUGUUAUUGAACAUGGUAUGAGAAACAGGUUCCACAAGGUUUGUCAGGACUGUAUUUUGAUACACAACUGCAUUCGUUUUUACACCUUUCUCACAAAAAUGUACCUCUGUUAAGCCCCAAUAAGAAACUCCCAACCAUACCAUGAGCGAGGAUGGAAAAUGACCUCAUUGGACACGCAGAACGUAUUCUGAAGAAGAAGAAGAAGCGAGCAACCGUAGUUGCUCGCUUCUUCACUACUGUGUGCGUACACCUUAUUAUUUUGUUUGUUGUAGCUCUCACCUACGGUAAAAAAAUUUUCAUCCGAAAAAAGAAUUUCCCGAUAUUUUUUCCCGCGUACCGCUUCAACAAAGCGCGGCAUCUCUUCAGUUUCAGGUCCAUUAGACGAGCAUUCAAACGAUGUCCUGUUUUUCUUCGAUAUGCCCGAAGCCCUAAGUCUACAUUUAACACCCUUUUCACCGUGGUUCUGCUUAACCACAUCUGAAGGGCCAACAGUUUCUGCUUACGUUUGGGAUUUCUUUGAAUUCGCGCCUUCACAGCUUUUAUCACUGCUGGAGUCCGAGGGCGACCACUUCUUGACCUGUCAUCUACACUAGAGUCUUCACUGUAUCGUUUGAUGGUACGAUAAACGAAUCUUUUGGUUAUAUUCAAAAUUUUCAGUAUGUUAAGAAUUUGAAUUGGCGCGUAACCGCAACGAUGCAACGCAAUAACUGCAACACGGUCUUCUUUAAGCGUCCACUCCAUAUUUAAAAAUGAGUAAAAUUCUAAAAGUAUACAUUUUUAUUUUCGUGAACAAUUCGAAAUUCGAAUUCAAUAAACUUUUUUGUGGCCAGCAUUCUAAAAGAAAAGUUUUUACUGUGUGACAAUACUUAUGACCUGACUAGGUAUGUAUAUUAUUUCUGAAGCCGACCAUUAAUCUCUUACCUAAGAAAAUUAUAUCUUAUUGGACCUGCAUAGUUACAACGUUAUAUUAUCUUGCGUUUAUUAUUUGUAUUUCAAAAUUUCCAUCGUUUGGAACCAUUAGUUAUCCUGACGCUGACGUGUAUACAUAAAACAUUCGAAAUAAUAAACGCCAGAUUAAUCUGUUAAAAUAGUUAUAAUUUUAUAUUAAUUAUCACAUGUCGAUAUUAGUUUUGUUCGUUAUGAAACAUUUAUAAUCUAUUUCUGAUGGUUCUGAUGUUCUGGCUGGAAGGUAGGAUGGUCGUCUAAUGCAAUUGAGUCUUCGAUCUCAGGUUGCGAGGUAAGCCAUGGGAUUCAAGCCACAACAGCUAAACAUCAGGUGAGCAGUUUUUUUUUUUUUUUAUAAGCUUAGAUGGAUGGACGAUCUCACAGCCCACCUGGUGUUAAGUGGUUACUGGAGCCCAUAGACAUCUACAGCGUAAAUGCGCCACCCACUUCGAGAUAUAAGUUGUAAGGUCUCAGUAUAGUUACAACGGCUGCCCCAUCCUUCUAACCGAAACGCAUUACUGCUUCACGGCAGAAAUAGGCGCGGCGGUGGUACCUACCACCUACCCGUGCGGACUCCCAAGAGGUCCUACCACCAGUGAUAAAAUGUCUGCAGAUCUACUUAUAAAAGAGCUAAAGAUUUAUAAGGAGAAAUAAAUGCAGCGCCCUGAUAACUACGGAUUGUAUAUUGUCUUAAUGUUAUUGUUUAUAAUUCUAAUGUGAAUGAUCUAAGUGCCCAAUAAGGCAACGCAAACAAUAAAAUAAAUUAUUAAAUAAAACAAAAAAUAAGCUUAUUUUCAAAUGUUUUGGAGAAAUCUCUAAAGGAUUUUUGAAAAAAAAAGCACCUUAAGAAAAAAACUUUACUAAAAAAAAAAUGAAUACCAAAAAUAUAAUUCACAGCAAAAUAAUUAUAAAUUGUUAUUUAUGAAUGUUAUUAACUUAUUAUAUGUGCGCGCGUUAAGACACGUCCGUAGCAUCAAACUAUAAUCAAACUGCGCAAUAGUCGGUAUUCCGACGCUCCGCGCUUUAUACGCAUUAAUAGAAAGUCGAUAUAUCGACGGUUCGCGCUCAAAGGGUCAAAUGGAAACGUUUAGAGUACACACAAAUAUAUUUUAUGUAUUUCUUUGCUUUUAGCAAUACCUUUACUAACAUAGCUUGUUUUUCGGUUUUGAGUUAGUGUUUUAAUGCAUACGGGUUUUUUGUUUUGUUUAAUAUCUUUUAAUAUAUUUCAUAUUGUUUACAUAUUUGAGCAUAAAUAAAGUGCUGCUAUAUUAUUACUACCUAUAUUGAAAUAAUAUACCAAAAAUCACUUCCACAACUGUAAUAAAUUUAAUACCCCAUUUGUUAAAAUCGGUCAAAAGGCUUACGCCGCAGUGUACCAAAGAAAUAUACAGGCAUGCAGGUCAAACAAAGAGUCAAGUGUCGAAAGAUUCAAUUACAGACUAUUAUACUCAAGUACUAAGAGUAAUAACUAAUAUGUCCUUGGUUGAUACAUAAGAUCUUUUAUCAUUAACAUCCAUUGAUACUGUCAUAAGACUGUUUAGCGGUAGGCAGCGGCUUGGCUCUGCCCCUGGCAUUGCCGAAGUCCAUGGGCGACGGUAACUACUCACCAUCAUGUGGGCCGUAUGCUCGUCUGCCUACAAGGGCAAUAAAAAAAAAAAGACAGUGCAAUAUGGCCGAAGUGAACAAAAUUGAAAUAAGACUUAAUCGGUAAUAGUUGAUAGAAAAAUGGGAAUUAUUGUUUAAAACCUUCUAGAAAUGUGUUCUAGAAAUGUUCGCUUGCCUUAAUUUCGUUGUAGGGUAAUCAAAAAAUAGAUGCGAUAAUCAAAAAAGCGGAUCAAUAGAAAAAAAUCACGGGACACAUCUGGAUGUCCCUAUAAGAUAAUAUGAUGAGGUCUAAAACCUGACUGCAUUGUUCUCUAUGGGGCUAUUUUCUAAACCUGACCAUGGUCAACAUCAGUAAAAUUUAAAAAUUAUCUAAAAAGCUUUUAAUACCGAUACAAACUUGCAAUUUAGCAUCAUUAAUAUUAAUUUUUGUGUUCUUAUAUGAUAAUUCUAAGAAAUAGGGAUAAUUAACGUUUACCAGUAAUUAAUAAAAUUAUAUAGAUAUAAAUUUAAAGAAAAUACAACCCUAGGUGUUUUUGCUCUACGCACAAAAUUGAACAAAUAUUGAUGAAUAUUUUAGUAAUUUGGAAAUCAAGUGAUAUGAACUUCACGUGACCCCUAUCAACUUCUAUAUUGCUUUAGGGUCGUCUACGCAAUUGGUGAUGAUGGGUGGACUAGCCCCUCUGGUGUUAAGUGGUUACUGGAGCUCAUAGACAUUCACAACGUAAAUGCGCCACCCAUCUUGAGAUAUAAGUUCUAAGGUCUCAAGUGUAGUUACAACGGCUACCCCACCCUUCAAACCGAAACACAUUACUGCUUCACGGCAGAAAUAGGCAGGACGGUGGUACCCACGCGCGCGGACUCACAAGAGGUCCUACCACCAGUAAUAAAUGAAUGAAAAUGAAAUGAUAUGUUUUAUUGUUUGAAAGUUAUGACUGGUCAUACUGGUGGUAGGACCUCUUGAGUCUGCACGGGUAGGUCUGCACACCACCAUGCCUAUUUCUGCCGUGAAGCAGUAAUGCGUGCCGGUUUGAAGGGCAGGGCAGCUGUUGUACUAUUAAAAGUUAUACCUUGCAACUCAUGUCUCAAGGUGGGUGGCGGUAUUUACGUUGUAGAUGUCUAUGGGCUCUGGCAACCACUUAACACCAGGUGGGUCGUAGCUUCGUUCGCUAAUAUAAAAGUAAGCGGUGAUAGUCGUCAGCUUAUUGACAAUAUACGAACAUAGUUAAUGGCAUGAGUGAGGAUUCUUCCAAAAAUUCGAUUUUAAAAGAUCGAAUUUGCCGAAUACAGUCGAUCUACACCUUAAGAUGAGUUUCUCUAAACUUGAGAACGGAAUCUGUCAGAUCGUCUGCAAUUAAAACAGUCCCGGAUCUUCAUAUCACUCGAUAAUAUAUUUAUUAACUAAAUUAAUGUAUGCAUAUCAAAAAGUUUGAAACAUAAAACUUGCAUAUCAUCGAAAGAUUUGAUGGAAAACUAUUGUUUAGCGUGUACGUAACAUACUGUAAACUUGACUUCUAUGUUCCCUUUGAAAUUAAUAAAGAGAAUUGAUCGUAAAUUGAGUGAGAAA